GGCCCGUAGAGCCCAGGGGUCGGCGCCCCGCGAUGGCUCCGCCGGCGCCGCGCCGCACCCGGUGUCCCCCAUCCGCCCUCUGAGACGCGCCCGGCUGGGGACCCUGGGGCCUCGGCGCCCCGGGCCUUCGCCUCCGCGCCACUCCCCUGCUUCUGCUAGGGGACGGGUCCCAGACAAAGCCCACUUUGUGCGGGGACCUGGCCGCGCGCGUGGAAUGUGCGCGUCGCCGCGCCCCCUGCCAGCGCCCGCCAGCUGCGCGUCUCGGCUCCGGGACAAGCCGCGUCGAGUCGGAGAAGUCGGCCCCGGGCGCCGCCCUUGCACCCCGGGCUCAGGACUGGCGCUCCAGCGGCCAGGGGACCCCGCGGUCCUGCCGCCCCCCGCGGAGCGCGCCAGUGAUUUAGGGAUGCCAGGGGGGAAGAAGGUGAUGACAGGUGGCAGCAGCAGUGCUGUCCAGAGCGCCGCUGCCACAGCUACCAGCGCUACCCCUUCUGGGGUCAAGCGUUUGGAGACCAGUGCAGGGGCCUCAGCCCAGAGAGAUGAUGAGCCAGAGGAGGAAGGGGAAGAGGACCUUCGAGAUGGAGGCGUCCCUUUCUUCGUCAACCGGGGUGGGCUCCCUGUGGAUGAGGCCACCUGGGAACGGAUGUGGAAGCACGUGGCCAAGAUCCACCCCAAUGGAGAGAAGGUGGCGCAGCGGAUCCGUGGGGCCACGGACCUGCCCAAGAUUCCCAUACCAAGUGUGCCUACUUUCCAGCCGUCUAUGCCAGUCCCUGAGCGGCUGGAAGCCGUGCAGCGCUACAUCAGAGAGCUGCAAUACAAUCACACAGGAACGCAGUUCUUUGAAAUUAAGAAGAGCAGACCUCUGACAGGGCUGAUGGACCUGGCCAAGGAAAUGACCAAAGAGGCCCUGCCAAUCAAAUGCCUGGAAGCCGUGAUCCUGGGAAUUUACCUCACCAACAGCAUGCCCACCCUGGAGCGCUUCCCCAUCAGCUUCAAGACCUACUUCUCAGGGAACUACUUCCACCACAUUGUGCUGGGGGUGAACUUUGGGGGCCGCUACGGCGCCCUGGGCAUGAGCCGGCGCGAGGACCUGAUGUACAAGCCGCCGGCCUUCCGCACACUCAGCGAGCUCGUGCUGGACUAUGAGGCCGCCUAUGGUCGCUGCUGGCAUGUGCUGAAGAAGGUGAAGCUGGGCCAGUGCGUGUCCCAUGACCCACACAGUGUGGAGCAGAUCGAGUGGAAGCACUCGGUGCUGGAUGUGGAGCGGCUGGGCCGAGAGGACUUCCGCAAGGAACUGGAGCGCCAUGCCCGUGACAUGCGCCUCAAGAUUGGCAAGGGGACCGGCCCUCCCUCUCCCACCAAGGACCGGAAGAAGGAUGUUUCCUCCCCACAGCGGGCACAGUCCAGCCCUCACCGCAGGAACAGUCGCAGUGAAAGACGCCCCUCGGGUGAAAAGAAGCCUUCAGAGCCCAAAGCCAUGCCGGACCUCAAUGGGUACCAGAUCCGAGUGUGAGGGUGCAGGCUGGCACCCCCGGCCUCCUGCUUCUAGAGACCAGGACCCACCUGCUGACACUAGCUGCACUCGCACUCCCAGGCAGGGCGAGAAGGAGCACAGGAAGGGUGUGUGGCAGCUCAGCCUCGUGCUACUCCCCUUCCACUGAGCCAAGGAGUUCGUUUGGGGGGUUUGCACUGAAGUUUAAAGAUGUUUGGGAAAAAAAGACACAUGGAUGUGCUGGUGGCCGGAAAGGCACUGUUUAGAGCCCUGAGAGCCUUCAGGCUGAGGGAGGACAGCUUGGCACUCCUGCCUUGGUGCCUCUCUGGGAUCUGAGUGUGUCCCAUGUGGGCUACUUCUGGGCCCCACCAGCCUGUGGGAGGGUCUGGGGUGGGGAGUAGAAGUAUCUUUCCAGUUGGGCAGAUGGCUUGGCAGAAUUUUGACCCAGGGAAAGGGAAGCAGGGUAGGAGUCGUUCUGGAGCUUGGUGCAAGCCUCAUCUGCUCAAGAGUAGGGAGACAGCCCAGGUCAUGGUGGCCCCAGAAGCAGUACUGGGUGAGCCUGUGCUACACCCAGCAGAGGGCUGGGCUGUAGAAGAGUUGGGAGAAGACCCUGGGGGAGGGGUCCCAGACUCCUAACAAGGCCUGCUGGAUGAUCCCACUCUUGUCUGUUAUAGCAGCCCAGGGGGCUCCCUGCAGAGGGUUUGGGCUUUGAAGACAACUGGGCAAUGGGGUCAGAGUGACUGGGGAUUGAGCAGACAGAGCAGUCUGGGAGCUAUGGUGGGCACAGGAGGAUGGAGUGGAGCCCUCAGGCCGGGACCUCUCUCCAGGCAGUGCCAGGAGUGGCCUUUGCUGCUUCCCCUCCCAGAUAGCCUCUGCCCCAGGCCAGUGCCCUGCGUUAGCAGCCCAUGUAGGAUGGGGUUACAGUGAUGGUUGAGCCUGCCAUGUUUGGCACUUCAGGGUACUGUCAGGGAAGAGACUGAACAGAUGGAGUCAUUGACUUCAGGAGAUCCCUGGUGGGGGCAGUAAAAGGAUGUAGACGGAGGUUGGCAGAUUUGAGGAGAGCUUCUGGGGGCUCAGCAGGGAGGUAUAUGGCCACCAAAGAGGGACAGAGCCUGAGAAUGGGAUGGAAGUGAGAAAGCGAUGUGGAGGGGCUAGGAUCAGGAUGCCUUGGGAGGAGUGAGUUGACAACAGCAUAGAAGGCAUAGGAAGGGGGAAGAUCCAAGUGGGAGAAGGGCAGCUGAAUGCGGUGGCCAUGAAGGGUUUUACUUCAGGAGGAAUUCAGGGCGACUAUCAAUAAGACUGCAGAUGGACCACAGAGAUAGCUCAACGGUCUAAAGCUCCUGCUUAGGCAGGUGCGGAGGGACCGCAGUUCAAUCCCGGCACCACAUGCCACGCCAACCUCACUCCCAGGGUGGGCUGAGCCAGCCAUACACACACAAAAAAGUCUUCAGAUGGCUUGGGGACUGGAUAAGGGACUAGAGCUAAGAUUGUAAACUCAAAUGUUCACAAAGCCAGCAGGCAACUGAGAAGUGAGUGGCAAGGCUGGGUGGGGUCUGUGGCACACCCAAGGAGGCAUACCCUACUAAAGGGGCUGCCGUCUGUUCCAGGCCCUGUGCAGUCAAAUUGUCUGGUUUUUCAAAAGCCAAAACUCCACAUUUGUAUGUGAAAUCUGACUUUAAAGGGUUGAUGAUUUGUUUUUUAAAAUGUAAAAACCCAGUGUAGGUAAAAGAAUGCCAGUUUGGGGUCUCUGAUGGAGAAUGAGCCAGUGCAGGGCGGAGUCCACUACGAUGCUGUGUGGUGGGAAGUGACAGUUUUGAGCUCCACAGAGCUGGGCUGGGCAGUCAGGGGGAGGCCCUGACAGCUGAGACUCCCCAGGGUGACACAGAAAUAAUCCAGCUCAGUAUCCCAGCAGAUGGGUGGGCUGGGAGCAGAGGAAGGAGCAGCAAAGGAUGCUUUUGCUGAUGACAGUGCUCACAGGGAAGGCACCGGAGGCUGGUGGCUCUUCAAACUGGCAGUGCUUGGCCCAGAGCCAGGCCCAGCAGGGCCAGCCAGAGCCACCUGGGAGGCCUGCUGCGCAGUUCCUUGUCUUAGCAGCUUCAAGGAGUCAGUGGGCCUGGGAAGGGACCUAACCUGCCCUGAGGCUACACCCGGGCUGGAAGUGAGGGACUUAGUGACCCCUGAUGCACUAUUCCAGCUCAGCUUACAGAGAGGGGAUGACAGUCCCUUUUCCUACAUUAACACAGGACAGAUGGCCACUCUCAGAGUGCUUUUCUGGUUCUGGUUCUGGUUGCAGCUGCUCAUCCACAGGCAGGCAGCCCCAGAUGCCUCUGGGAACUUCCAGGAAACAACAGGAUAUGGGGGAAGUGAGGAGGAGCCAGCCAGGAGCUGCAGUCAGGGGACAUGCAGGCAGUUGCUCCUGGUUCCAGAGCCCUAGGGGCUGCCCAAGGCUCUGGAGCCCACCGGGGACAGGUGGAAGAAGCACAGUAGAGCCCUACCCCUGCUUGCUGUCUGGGAGGAAGCCGACCCUCCCUGUAACCCCCAGCACUCACCCUUCCCGAGCUGGAACCUCAGGCCUGUGGAGAUCACCACAGGACACAGUGGUGCUUUUUAAUUUAUUUUUAACUGUUUCUCAUAUGUAGCAACCCUCCUCCCCUCCUGGGCUGUUUACACGGGCUCUGCUCUCCGGGGCUGGCCUGGCUGCGAGGUUUUUGGGGAGGCAGAGAGGCAGGGACUUCGGGGCCUUAGUCACCAUCCAUGGCAUCACCUCAUCUCACUUCUGUGAGGAACAAAGGCCUGGCAGGUGGGAGCCAGCUCCCCUGUACUCAGGUCUGCCUCUGAGUUCCCCCUUCUCAAGUGGGGGCUGCUGGCUGAGGAGUCGAGGGGUGGUCAGAGCAAGCUGCUGCAUAGAGGCGGCCAGGCAGUGGGUACUGCAGGGUCUUGCCAAAGCCUGGCUGGCUCCUUGGGCUGGGUGCCAGGGCAGAACACUGGGAAGCUGGCUGAAGCAAGCCAUCCCUCCACCUGCCUGCCAGCCCUCGGCCUCCUCACGCUCAUCUGUCACACCAGCCACCCCAUCCUUACGCAGGCAUGGCCAAGUGUGGAAGGCAAGCAGCAGUGCUCUGGCCCCCAUGGACAACAGUACAGCAUAGGGCCACAGAACGAUGAGCAGAAAGAGCCCAGAAGUUGACUGAUUCCUAGCCCUUUCAUCAUCUCAGCUCUGCUUCUUCCAGCUUGGGCUUGACUGCAGCUCUGACAGUCACUGAAGCUCUCGCUGGUGGAGUGCCCAGAGGCCCAUGGGCUUGUGCACCUGUGUUCCUGCCUGGCAUGCAUGCUGGCUUAGGUGCAGCUGCAUCGCUGGCCAUGUGUCCCUGGCCUCAGGAUGCAGGACGGGCAUGCUGCGCCCAGCUGCUGAUGUAGAGGCCAGAUGGCAUGCUCUCCAGGGGUGGGGUCUGCCCCGCCAGGUGCCACAGCUUCCUACCUGCUUCCCCAGGCAGGCAGGACUGCCAGGGUGCUAGCUGCAGGGCCCUUGAUGGGACCCUCCUGCUCCAUUAUGGUGCUCCAGGGUCUCAGGUUGCCUUUUUCAAGUCUGACAGGAGAGCACAGGCCUGUGUGUUCUUGGCCAUGGCCUGGUGAUGAUGGGCCCCGCCCUGCUUUGUGUUUGGCUACUGUGUUGUUCUGGGCAUUCUUCCUGUCCUUAUAUCAGUAUUUGCUCCUUCCUUUGACUCUCACAUUUGGUUUCAUUCCUGUCCUUCCUUUUUCCCUGAAAUGAAUAAAGUCUCUCCAGCUCCACUCGUGGGGGCUGGA